GUAGCUAUUUUCAAUAAGACAUUAUGCAGAAAAAAUGGCCUAUGUGAUUGUUAGCCUAUAUUAUGUUACUGGAGGGUUUAUAAUGGACUCUGUAAGAAGCAUGUUUAUAUUUAAGUUGGCUGGAGUGAAGUUAGGCUACCUGAAUGCUACUCAUAACCAUAUAGUUCUAGUGGUCCAGUUGCUGAUGGGAUGACGUCAUGUGACGCUGCAGCACCCUCCUCCCAGUUUUACUGAGCAGCAGUAGUUUAUGUUCAUCUGCGGAACGUCAGGGGUCUGCUGCGGGUUCAUCGGAGGAAUAGAGCCGAGUUUGAGAGGCCUAGGUGCAUGAAAAUACUUGGGGCCAGUGAUGGAGGCCUGGCCAACAGUGGCCUGGGUCCUGCUGCUAACCAUCAUUGCUGAUUGGCUGAAAACCAUCCAGUCACGGGAGUUCACCAUGAAGGACAUCGUCCUGCUGCAUCCCUCAACUACACCUCAUCCUGGUGCCUUCAAGUGCUUCACGUGUCAAAGCGCUGCAGAUAACUAUGAGUGUAACCGCUGGGCACCAGACAUGUACUGUCCAAGAGAUACCAGAUAUUGUUACACUCUUCACCUGAUGGAUAACCAUGGAGACAGUGUGUCUGUGACCAAGCGCUGUGCGACCCUGGAGGACUGUGUGUUUACCGGCUGUGCAGAUGUCACUGAUAAUGGCCAUCAGCUAUAUUUCACCUGCCAGGUGUGCUCAUCCUGCUGUGAGGGGAACAUCUGUAACAUGUCGGUGCCGAGGAAUGAGAGCAACGCGGUUUUCUCUUCAACUUCAUCUCUGGUCAGCUCGAGCAAGGGGCUUCAUCCUGCAGUGCUGAGCUACAUCAUCAUCAGCAGCAGCAUCUGUAGUGCAUGAUCAAAUACAACUGAACAGAAGGACACUUUUUGGUUCAGAAAGCAGGUUUAGUGGCAAUUCAAUCACCUUACCCUGAGUUGAGGGAAACUGGGUUUUCAGUUCCAGAAAUGGGGAUCACUUUAUCUGUUACCACAGUGACUGACCAGAGAACCAAUCAAAAGCUUUGUUAAAAAUUUAAUACGCUCUGCCAAAUGAAUGGAGCCUAUCUAGACAUAGAGUCAGCUCCUUGUUAGCCAUCCGGCCCUUGAUGGUGUUAUUUGUCCUAACGGCUUUGCUGACCUAAUAUGCCAAAAGAAGGGCGAAAAGAUACAAAACAAAGAUUGAAUGUGCUUCAUACAUAUAAGCUUUUUACUGAAAAAAUAUAUUUGGAUCUAACUCCUUUGUAAUCAACAUUUUGACUAGUAACUAAUUUAAUUGCAUAUUUUUUCUCAGUAGCUGUAACUGACAACAAUUAGAUUCAUUUUAUAAUUUAUUUACAGUAACUAGUUACAUGCAACACUGCUCAUAAUUCAGGGUUACCUUCAGAGUUCCUGCUUUCUGGAAUAGGCCCCUGGGAUUUGGGUUUACUUUCUUCUGCUCAGUUUGAUUCAAUUAACUGCAUCAGGAUGUCUCAGAAACUGUCCGGAAAGUUGGAUGUCAGGAUGGAUGCAAUGAACUGUUUUAACUUGAGGUCUGAAUAUACAGAAAACCUGGCCUUUUACUACCAUUUUUCUGUUGUGUCUUGUUGCUUUGCUUUUCUCUCUCCUCUGUCUG